AUGUGGUCUUCUUUACAAACAUGGGAACACUAUUUGGUUCAGCGAGAGUUUAUUUUAUAUGUUGGUCAUUAGUCUCUAAAAUCAGUAAAAUGUCAGACCUCUAUGAAUAAUAGAAUGAAUGACAGAUAGAUCUCUUUCAUUAAACGUCUUAUUUUUGUUGUUGAACACAUGUCAGGAAAAGUGAAUUGAGUUGCAGAUGCUCUUAGUAGAAAAACAGCACGUUUGCUGAACCUGCAUGUUGAAAUCAUAAGAUUUGAUUAUCUCAAGGAAUUAUAUCUAGAUCAUGAUGAUGUUUUUUCUCAACAAUAUAUCAUAUGUACGUCACGAAUAUCAAUCAAGGUUUUCACCUACAAGAUGAUUUCUUAUUUCGAGGAAUAACAUUAUGUUUUCCUCACAGCUCUUUAAGAGAGAAAUUACAACGAGAAUUACACUCUUUUUGUUUAAUCAGACACCUUGGUUGAGACAUGUCUUUACAGGCUGUUGAAGAGUAAUAUUACUGGUUCAUUCAAAAAUUUUCGUAAAUGUCAGCUUUGUGAAACCUACAAGGGACAAAGUUAAAAUAGUGGACUAUACAUUUCACUGCUUAUUCCAACACAUCCAUGGGCUGAUAUUUCAACGGAUAUUAUAUUAGGUCUGCUACAAACACAGAGAAAAGCUGACUCUGUUUUUGUAGUUCUUGAUAGAUUUUCAAAAAUGGCACACUUCAUUGUAUGUAAGAAGAUAAAUGAUGCAAGUCAAGCAGCCAAUAAAUUUUUCUGACAAAUUGUACAUUAUUUUCUUGUAAGAAUUUCCAUUUUAACCAAUCUUCAUUUCCAGUGGUAUAUUAUUUUUCUCUCAGAAUUUGAUUACAUUUAAUAGAAGUACUAAGACCAGUUGGAACAAAUAUUACUGCAAAUAAUAUAGUAGAUCAUAUCAAAACACUUCAUGAAGGUGUGAUACACAAUUUUAUGACUAAUUAUGAGAAAUAUAAAGUGGCAGCAGAUAAGAAAAAAAAAUGAAGAUGUUUGAAGUUGGAGACAAAGUGAUGAUGUACCUUCGUAAAAAGCAAAUCUCAACAGGUAACUACAACAAGUUGAAGCCAAAGACAUAUGAACCAUAUCAAGGUCUGCAAAAGAUCAAUGACAAUGCUUGAACCCCCACCAAAUAUGAUUAUUUCACCUACAUUAAUUGUCAGUGACAUAUAUGAAUAUUAUAAUGAUUCAAAUGAACACUCGAAGAUGACUUUUUUUGAAGAAGGAGAGACUGAUGUAGCCGAAGACAUAAGUUGAAGUGUCAACUUCAAAUUUAGGCCAACUUAUCGUAAAUUUGGGCUAUAAAGUGAAAAUUACAAGAAAAAAGAGCCCACAUAUGUCACCAGUGGGCUGGAGAUUUAAAUUUUAGCCGAGUUUAAAUUCUUUCACUUUUAGAAGGUACUUUAUAUCUCAUUUCUUCUACAAAAAACUUUAAUGUGGUUCAGUCAUUAUCUAAGAUCUGCUCAGGGUCUCUCACUGUGAAUGUCUUCUUUAGGUCAUGUCAGAGUAUUUUAAGAAGAUUUGUUUAAGAUCUCAAUCUGUUCUUUGAUUUUCUGCCUUUGAAAUGCUGUUGAUGUGACACCUCAGAAAAACCGGAACCGCCUCAGGUUUCUGUAACAAAAAGGGGCAAUCCAGUAACUCAGUGCAGUCAAGCCAGUAAGUAGGGAGGUCCAGCUUAUCAGUUUAGUGAGUCAAAGCGUUUGCACGAAGAAAGUGGUUUUUCCUCAAUGGAUAGGCUCAAUUCAGCUCAGGAAGAAGACAAAGACCUCACUGUCUUUUCCCGAGCCUUACCGCACAAAUGACAAUGGAUAUGUUGGGUUGUAGCUAUUUUCAAGAGCAAAAAAGAGUCUGUUUUAAGUCAUUUCAGAGUUAAUUAAGAUCUAUCAGGAUCCUCCUUUUGGAGAACACCCACCCUCCUUUCUAGUCCUAUAUGAAGGCCCUCAUUAUAACCUGAGGGACAUCUCUUUUGCUGAAUCAGUUUUCUCCGCUGUGAGAACCUCUCCCUCUGGUUUUGGAUUCAGGCACUCCCUUGUUGAAUCAAGGGUUGAAGACUCUGAAUUUGUGGAUUCAGAGUCAGGUUUCUUUCCCAACAUUAAAGCUUUGUGGAGUCAAUCUCAUAUCUUGUUUAUCUUCCAUAUUAUUGUUGCAUCAAAUUUUGAAUAA